AUGUCCAUCUGCCACCUCCUCCAAGUGAAAUACAGGCUCAAGCCCUACUACAUGAGAAAGCAACCAGAUAUCACAGCAGAAAUGCGUGCCAUCUUAGUAGACUGGCUGGUGGAAGUAGGGGAAGAAUAUAAACUUCGAACAGAGACACUGUACUUGGCGGUGAACUACCUGGACAGGUUUCUCUCUUGUAUGUCUGUUCUCAGAGGGAAGCUGCAGCUUGUAGGAACAGCGGCAAUUCUUCUGGCUGCGAAAUAUGAAGAAAUCUACCCACCAGAAGUGGACGAAUUUGUGUAUAUAACAGAUGAUACAUAUACAAAGAGGCAGCUGCUAAGAAUGGAACACCUGCUUCUCAAGGUCUUGGCUUUCGACCUCACAGUGCCAACCAUCAACCAGUUCCUACUUCAGUACAUUUGA